UGGUGUGCGCUCUUAAAGCGUAAAGUAGGCUAAUGUGUAGGACGAUAGGUAGGUAGUCGUAGUGAAAAAAAACACCGCGUAGGGUAUUAAAUUUUUUUGUUUUUUAUUAUUAUUAUUUUUUGAGAGGGUUGCCAGAUUUGCAGUGCGCGUCGCUACGUUUCCUUUACACCCAGCGGAGUCGCAGUGAGUGAAAUGAGCAUCGGGGUUCCCCUCUCUGAGCCAGACACUUAGUGCUUUACGGUCAGCGGCGAAUUUAGACAAUUGCUCCUUCAUCAUGCAGCUCCAGAUAAAAAGACGGAGAAGCCCUACGUGUUGAUAAAAUCUCGCCGGCGGUAUAAAGUGUGAAUGAGAGAAAGCCUCCCCCCCUUCCUCCUUCUCCUCCUCCUCCUCCUCGUCCUCCGGGCCAACGACCGACGAGCUCUCACAUCCUGGAGCUGCCUCACUUCGUCCGCCGGCGUAGCAUACAACAUGAUAUGUUGAUGACAUUUUUUGGAAGUGGUCGUGCCUUUUGUUUACACGCCGGGAUACGUGAUAUGCGGAUCUGCGAGCGCCACGAAAGCCAAGCGAGCGGACGGUUUUUUCUGCUUUGAAAAUGAGGAAGCAAUUUCAUAAAGACCCAGAAAAUGGCAAGAAGGUCUCGUCGUCCGUGGGCCCGGAUUUGAGUAAAAUGAGAAGGAAAGAGGCAAAUGCAACAGCAGCAUGAUUUAUUACUGUUAUCAUUAUUUUUUAAAUCUGACAGAAUGACACCAAAGGGGGUAAAACUGGAGGUAGAUGAGACACAGCAUCAAUGAAGGCGAUCUGCACAAGUUUUAAGUCGCUCAUGAUGAACAGAAAUACUUUGCAGCUCGAUAUCAGAUCGUUUCCACAAUAGUGAAAGAUUUUUUUUUUCUUUUUCUUUUAUUUCUUGCCCCGGCAGAUUUUCUAGUUAAUCACUCAUCUGCUUUUUUCCGCAUUGCAUCUGCUGUCUUUUUUCCCAUUAAAUAUUUCAUUUUUUUUCCUAUAUUUUUGAUCCGGAUUCAGCCCUGACUAUUCAAUGGAAGUAUGUUAUCAGCUGCCGGUUUUGCCUCUAGACAGGCCGGUUCCCAAGCAUGUCCUCAGCCGAAGGGGAGCCAUUAGUUUCAGCUCCAGCUCUUCUCUCUUCGGGGCUCCUGAUCCAAGACAGCUGUCACAGUGCCAUCAGAUUGACGUCGUUUCAGGAUGUGAGACGAGGGGCCAUCUCCUACGACAGCUCUGACCAGACAGCGCUGUAUAUUCGUAUGCUAGGAGCUUGUGUAGUAUUCAAACAGCUGUUUGCAAGAGAUGUGAGAGUGAGAAGUCAGGUUGGAUUUGAACCGGAACGUAGAAGCUCCCACCCGUACCUGUGCAUCGACUUCCGAACGCUUCACACACGGCUGGGCUGCGGCUCCACGUCGGCCAGCUAUGAUCCUGAAAGGCGGGUCCACAGGCUGCUCAGCUUCCAGAGAUACCUGCAUUCGUCCCGUCUGCUGCGAGGAGUCCCCCAGCAGAUACCCCUCCACAUCCUCGAUGAAGAUUACACUGGACAGGCUAGAUGCAUGCUGGAAAAAGUCGGGAAUUGGAAUUUUGACAUUUUCCUCUUCGAUAGGUUGACAAAUGGAAACAGCCUGAUCACCCUGACUUUCCACCUGCUGAACCAGUAUGGGCUGGUGGAGCUCUUCCAGCUGGACAUGGUCAAACUCUGGAGGUUUUUGGUCAUGGUUCAGGAGGACUACCACAGCGACAACCCGUACCACAACGCUGUCCAUGCUGCAGAUGUCACACAGGCCAUGUACUGCUACCUGCGAGAGCCCAUGCUUGCCAAGUCUCUGACCUCCAAAGACAUCUUACUGGGACUCUUAGCAGCUGCCACCCAUGACCUGGACCAUCCUGGGGUCAACCAGCCUUUCCUCAUCAAGACUGACCACUAUCUUGCCACACUCUAUAGAAAUACCUCAGUUCUAGAAAACCACCACUGGAAGUCAGCAGUGGGUCUGCUCAGAGAGACUGGGCUCUUCUCCCAUUUGCCUGCUGAGGACAGGCUGAACAUGGAGAGGGAUUUGGGUUCCUUAAUCUUGGCCACGGACAUCAGCAGGCAGAAUGACUACCUGUCCAGGUUUCGCUUGCACCUGGACCAGGAGAACCUGUGCAUGAGCACCGCCAGCCAUCGUCAUUUCGUCCUGCAGAUGGCCCUGAAGUGUGCAGAUAUCUGUAACCCCUGCAGACCAUGGGAGCUGAGCAAACAGUGGAGUGAGAAAGUGACAGAGGAGUUCUUCCAACAAGGAGACAUUGAGAAGAAGCACAAACUUGAAGUCAGCCCACUUUGCGACAGAGAGAUGAACACAGUCGGCAACAUUCAAAUAGGCUUUAUGACAUAUGUGGCUGAGCCGCUGUUUGCAGAGUGGGCCCGUUUCUGUGACACACGUCUGUCCCAGACCAUGCUGGGUCACAUGGGGCUAAACAAAGCCAGCUGGGGAGGCUUACAGCAGGAGCCGGCUCCGGUCUCCGAGGAGGCAGAGCCCAGCACGGCCUGCGCAGACACAGGAGACGCUGCCACCGCGCCGAGUGACGGCAGCACAGCUACGACCGCAGGAGGAACCAGCUCCAAAGAAAUACCUCAGGGAAGCAGAGAAUCCUGACACACUCCUUCUGUGCCAUUUCACCUCAACCUCGUGACCCCUGGGGGGCCUCAGGGCCUCACAAUACACUGAGGGGGUCGGGUGGGGCACCCAGCGGUUUGCGGCCACGCCGCUGCCCCACCCGUUCCGAACACCUAGUUUAUGUUUUGUUGCUUUGGCCUCCCAUCUUGAUAAACCACUGAUUUUACUUAAUUUAUUUAAUUUUAAUUCCUCUUUUUUUUUUGGCAUAGAGCAAUACAUAGAUACCUCAUUUGGCUACUGCUGUAUUUUUUCUUUUUAUUUGCUUUAUUUAUUUGUCCUCUGUAGUUUUGGCAUUACUGACUGAACGCACCACCUUUUUUUUUUUUUUUUUUAAGUUUGUGAACUUUAAGGGGAAAGCAGUAUAAGAACUGAAGAAGACCUUUUUUCUGGUAUUUUUUUAAGUGCCAUUUGAAAACAAAGAUUUGAAGAAUGAUCUGAACUGUAUUGACUGAGACAACUGGAGUGUUCAGACCUUUCUAAGACUUUGGAGUAAUGCCGUUGUUGCAUUGGUAUUGAAGAUUCUUCCUCAUGUAAAAAAAAAAAAACAACAGAAAAAAAAUGUGACAAGCCCAGUCCUUUUGCUGCCUCUACGAAGACUGUUUACGCGUCUUGUUUGUUUUGUAUCUUUCCGUCGAACUGAAACGAAUCACGUCGGCCCCACAUUUGCCUUCGAAGCACAGAUGUGAAGAAACCACUCAUUUUGAACUGUUACCCCCCACACACACACACACCCUGUCAAAGCCAUGAGCAGAACCUUAUUCAGACACACCAGAUGCCAUAAAUGACUCCACCUGUUCUACCAUGUGUUCCUGCACUCCCGAAUAACAGCGGCGUUCGAUGAGCAGCUUUGUUUCCAAGACAUCCUGUGAAGGUAUUAUAGGAAAUAGUCUCUUUCUGAUGUUUCCACAUCAUCCAGUCCUGGUUAAACUUGGGGCAGUGGGGUGAGGGUGGGUGGGAACCUUCCCUGCCAGACUGGAGGGUGGUUAGUCACCGCACAUGCAUCUCACCUGGAAGUCAACUCCACGCAACUCGACUUGCUCAGGGUUUGCAGACGUUUUUUUUUUUUUGUUUUAAAAAUUUAUUUCUUUUUUGUAAAAGGGGAGGAGGAUAAUGCAAGUUUUUAUUAUUAUUAUUAUUAUUAUUGGGUGGUUAGGAUCUAACUAAGGAGUCUCCCUCUCCUCAGAAUGUCUCACAGCCACAUGAAACCUAAAGGACUGCUCGACUGAUGCCUUACAACUAUGCACAAACUAUGCUAAGUGACCAAACCAACUCCUGUUCCCAUCAACUGCAUGGCGUGCUUGUCUUUUGAUGCACUGUCCGAUCCCUUUGCCUUUUUGUUGCGAGGAACAACUCCAGCUAUCUUUUCUUUUCUUCUUCUUUUGUACGGAAACAAAAUUGUCGAGUGAAUUUGAACAUUCCAUUUCUUCGUGUUUGGUUUGUCUACUUUGAUUCUGUAUAGUGCCACAAGUUGUGUUUGUGUUUAUACAUUUUGAAAGAUAACAGGUGCUUUUUUUUCUUACUUUAGCUGAUUUGUAUUUUGCUGUUAAGUGCUGUAAGACUGUUGACAAAAACUGUUUACAAUUUGUUGCGACAGCCAUUUUUUGGGAAGACUUCAGUGUCAAGCCAGAUUUUGUAAAGGCUUUGCUGUAUUGACCUUUUUGAUACAUGCCUGUUGCAGUUACAAUUUGAAUAAUAAAACCCGUUGUUGACAAAUG